CGUCUUUACUUGGCUAUCCCUCUCUCCCUCUCUCUCCCACUCUCUCCCUCGCUCUCCGCUCUCCUCACUCCUCUCUCGCGGAACAGUUUAUCACGGAGCAGUUUAUCCGCACGCAUAGUCAGCAUCAGUUUGAAGUCAAUUUUGACAGGCGCUAUCUCGCGCGGAGUCUCGAGACUGGGAGGGAAACGAACGCCGCUAUCUUUUCUGCGGCCGUUCUCGUUUUUUAACGGUCGUCUUGCUCCUGCCAGCCCGGACUUGAAAUCGUUCAUUCGGGACCUUAGUCUGUCGGAAGGAGAGGGAGGUAGCACCUCGCUGUAUCUAACUUGGGCGAAGAAAGAUAAAAUAAACUCUUUGGAAUUCUCCAUACAUUGAACACACAUCCUGUUAUUUCGCUGUUACAGAUCUCUUCAAAGGAGUUUUCCUGGAGUUUUUUUUAUUCUUUCAUUCCUCAAGAAUGAAUCAGCACAGUGGAGCUCUGCCCUAAUACAGUCAACGGUUUAUUAAGGAUGGACUAUGGAAAAAGGCAGACAAAUGAACAUCCAGUCUUCCCAUCCAGGCAGACAAAUGAACAUCCAGUCUUCCCAUCCAGGCAGACAAAUGAACAUCCAGUCUUCCCAUCCAGGCAGACAAAUGAACAUCCAGUCUUCCCAUCCAGGCAGACAAAUGAACAUCCAGUCUUCCCAUCCAGGCAGACAAAUGAACAUCCAGUCUUCCCAUCCAGGCAGACAAAUGAACAUCCAGUCUUCCCAUCCAGGCAGACAAAUGAACAUCCAGUCUUCCCAUCCAGGCAGACAAAUGAACAUCCAGUCUUCCCAUCCAGGCAGACAAAUGAACAUCCAGGCUUCCCUCACACCAGGCCGACAGCACCCUGUGACCAUAUGGCCCCUGGAACCUUUCACACUCUGAAUCAUUUUGAAUCAUUUUGUUGUGAGGGCUUGUUCCUGUCUUCCCAUUGGCCAAUUAGGCUGUGAGGUCACGACAUGCUUUUAACUUCCUAUCCCGUGAUGAUAUCUGCCAGGCCGGGCCUGCUACUGCUACUGCUCUGCUCUCUGCUCCCUGCUCACGCUGACUCGCCACCAAAGUUCACGCGGACCCCAGAAGAUCAGACCGGCGUUCAGGGAGGGGUGGCCUCCUUUGUCUGCCAGGCCACCGGAGACCCUCCACCCAAAAUUGUGUGGAACAAGAAGGGCAAGAAAGUCCAGAACCAGAGAUUUGAGGUGAUUGACUAUGAGGAUGGUUCUGGAUCGGUUCUAAGAGUCCAGCCGUUGAGGACACCCCGGGACGAGGCUGUUUAUGAGUGUCACGCCUCCAACCCAGCAGGGGAGAUUACUGCUCUGUGUAGACUCAAUGUGCUACGAGAGGACCAGCUUCCUCCGGGGUUCCCCACCAUAGACAUGGGUCCACAGCUAAAGGUGGUGGAACGUUCCAGAACAGCAACCAUGUUGUGUGCUGCCAGCGGCAACCCAGACCCAGAAAUCACCUGGUUUAAGGACUUUCUUCCUGUUAACACGACCAAUAACAAUGGGAGAAUUAAACAGCUCCGCUCAGAGUCCUUUGGUGGCACUCCUAUACGAGGUGCCCUUCAGAUCGAGCUGAGUGAAGAGCAGGACCAGGGGAAGUAUGAGUGUGUUGCCACCAACAGCGAUGGAACACGCUACUCAACCCCUGCCAAUCUAUACGUCAGAGAGCUCAGAGAAGUCCGCCGGGUUCCCCCGCGGUUUUCCAUCCCCCCAGCGGACAGUGAGAUCAUGCCAGGAGGCAACAUCAACAUCACCUGCGUGGCUGUGGGCUCCCCUAUGCCCUAUGUGAAGUGGAUGCUCGGGGCAGAAGACCUCACGCCCGAGGACGACAUGCCGAUCGGCCGGAAUGUUCUGGAGCUGGGGGACGUGCGCCAGUCCAACAACUACACAUGUGUUGCCAUGUCGACGCUGGGGGUCAUCGAGGCGGUGGCACAGAUUACAGUGAAAGCCUUGCCCAAGGCCCCGGGUUCUCCAGUGGUGACAGAGAGAACUGCAACCAGCAUAACCCUGACCUGGGAUUCAGGAAACCCGGAACCCGUGUCCUACUAUAUUAUACAGCACCGUCCGAAGGGAUCAGAAGACGCCUACAAGGAGAUAGACGGCAUAGCAACCACCCGCUACAGCGUGGGAGGCCUCAGCCCGUUCUCCCACUACGACUUCCGCGUGGCGGCCGUCAACACCAUCGGCAGGGGCCCCGCCAGCGACCCCGUGGAGGCCAGGACCGCCGAACAGGCGCCGUCAUCGCCCCCGCGACAGGUCAGAGGUCGCAUGCUGAGCACCACCACCGCCAUCAUCCACUGGGACGAGCCCGAGGAGGCCAACGGUCAGGUGGUGGGGUACAGGGUGUACUACACGGACGACCCGGCGCUGCAGGUCAACCAGUGGGAGAAGCAGAUGGUCCGGGCGGCCAACUUCAUCACGGUCCACAGCCUGGUCCCCAAUAAGACCUACUACAUCAGAGUCCUGGCCUUCACCUCCGUCGGAGACGGCCCGCUUUCACAGGACCUGCAGAUCAUCGCCAAGACUGGAGUUCCAUCCCAGCCGUCUGAUUUUAAAGGGGAGGCCAAGUCAGAGACCAGUAUAUUGUUGUCUUGGGUGGCUCCUCCCCAGAGUGGGCCUGACAACCAGAUCACUGGAUAUGAGCUGGUCUGGAGGAGGGCAGACGACACCGAAGAGAAGAAGCUGAGUUUCGACCCGACCACUUCGUACCUCAUGAAGAACCUGAAGCCCUUCUCCUCCUACACCUUCCAGCUGGCGGCACGGAGUAAACACGGCAUCGGAGCCUUUACCAACGAGGUCACCGCAGACACCCCGCAGACACUGCCCUCAGCCCCUCCCCAGGAUGUUACAUGCUCCAGCCCCAGUUCCACAAGCAUCCUGGUAAGUUGGGCUCCGCCUCCGCCGGAAUACCAGAACGGAAUCAUAACGGGAUAUUCCAUCCAGUAUUCCGUCACGGAAGGGCAGAACAGGACUUCCAAGAAAAUCAGUGCAAUCCCGCCCAAUAGCUCUCCCUACCUUCUGGAAAACCUGGAAAAAUGGACUGAGUACGGAAUCACGGUCCGAGCACUCACGGAAACCGGAGAGGGACCCGAGAGUCUACAGCGCCUUGUACGCACAGAAGAAGAUGUUCCCAGCGGUCCUCCACGUGGCGUGGAGACAGAGGCGGUGAACUCGUCGGCCAUCAGGGUGGCGUGGCGGGCACCGGCCGCGGAGCGGCAGCAUGGGCAGGUCAGAGGGUACCAGGUGCACUACGUUAAAAUGAGCUACGGAGAGCCCACAGGACCAAACCUCAUCAAGGACAUACUCAUCGAUGACUCACAGUGGGAAUACAAUGAAUCAAGGGAAUAUGAGGUGGUUCUGGGCGAUCUCCAGGCCAAUACUGGAUACUCGGUGUCCGUGGGGGCAUACACUGCCAAGGGAGACGGGGCCAGGAGCAAACCUCAAACCGUCUGCACCACCCUGGCAUUCCCCGAGCGUCCCCGUCUGUCAGUGAGCUCCUCCGUGGCAGGGACCGCCCAGCUCCAGUGGCUGCCUCCCCCCGACCCCCCCACCCCACUCCUGGGGUACCGUCUCACGUUCGGGCGCCUGGAUGUCCUCCCACUCACCGUGGUGGAGUUUCCAGCCAAGGAGACCUCCUUCAGGGCCCAGGACAUUCACAAGGGGACCACGUAUAUUUUUAAACUUUCCGCCCGCAAUAAGAUUGGCUACGGCGAGGAGGCGGCGAUCAAGCUGACGACGCCCGAGGACGCCCCCAAGGGGUACCCGGAAAAUAUCAUAUCGGAAGGCGCCUCGUCGUCCUCCUUACAGCUAGCUUGGAAGUCUGUGCCGCUUAUCGAACAGAACGGGAAGAUUGUGAAAUAUUCGGUGCAGUACCGGGAUGUCAACGCCAGGGGGAACACCACCAGGGAGGUGGCGGUGCCUGAGGCCGGCGUGACCUUGGAAGGUUUGAGCGCCGACACGGUGUUUGACGUCAGAGUGCGUGCGUUCACGGCGGUAGGGCCGGGACCUUAUAGUCCUAGUGUCCAGUUUAGAACGCAACCACAGGAGGUGGAAGUGUUUGCUACUAACUUCAGAGUGAAGGCUGCAAUGAAGACCUCAGUCCUGCUGACCUGGGAGAUACCGGAGAAAAACCCCUCCCAGCCCUUCACUAUCCUGUAUGGUAAAGGUCAGAGCGUGGAGGUUGACGGUAAAUUGGCCCAGAAGCUGAUCACAGGCCUCCAGCCGGAGACACAGUACUCCUUCCUGUUGACCAAUCGUGGCAACAGUGCUGGAGGGCUGCAACACAGAGUCACCGUGACAACGGCCCCGGACAUGCUGCGCUCCAAACCCACACUGGUGGGAAAGACCAACGCCGACGGCAUGGUGACCGUUCAGCUACCACCCGUGCAGGCCCCGGUGCCCGUCAGGGGUUACUACGUGGUGGUGGUUCCUCUGAAGAAGCAGAGAGCAGGGAAGUUCCUGAAACCCUGGGAGAACCCUGAUCAGAUGAACCUGGACGAGCUCCUGAAAGAGAUCAACAGGACCAGUGUGAGCAGGGCGUUGCGUGUCCGUCGCCAAAUUCCAGCCAGCCAAUCAGAUCCCAAGGCUUAUAUCUCUGCCCACUUCACCACACUCCCCCUGGAGUUCACCCUGGGCGAUGGCCAGAGUUACGGGGAGUUCCGGAACCGCCCCUUGCAGAACGGACAGGAGUAUGUGUUCUUUGUGCUGGCGCUGCUCGACCAGGCGGAUCAUACCAUGUACUCCACCAGCCCCUACUCUGACCCCGUGACCUCUAACGAUGUCGAUCCUCAGCCAAUCAUAGACGAGGAGGAGGGGCUACUGUGGGUGGUUGGGCCUGUUCUGGCCGUCAUCUUCAUCGUUUGCAUUGUCAUCGCCAUCCUGCUUUUUAAGAGUAAACCAGACAGGAAGCGUGCAGAGGCAGAAGGGAGGAAGGCUAGUUUCCCCUGCAGCAAAGCCAUGUCUUCCCAGCAUCCCACUGACCCUGUGGAGCUACGUAGAAUCAACUUCCAGACCCCAGGAAGUUAUCGAGUGUCAGUUUACCGCGGUUACAGACGACUGUCAAGCAUGGUGAGCCACCCUCCCAUCCCCAUCUCAGAACUGGCUGAUCAUAUAGAACGCCUGAAGGCCAACGACAACCUCAAGUUCUCUCAGGAGUACGAGUCCAUUGACCCCGGUCAGCAGUUCACCUGGGAGCAUUCCAACCUGGAGGUCAACAAGCCAAAGAAUCGCUAUGCCAACGUCAUCGCCUAUGACCACUCCAGAGUCCUGCUGUCCAGCAUAGAGGGUAUCCCGGGCAGUGACUACAUCAAUGCGAACUACAUCGACGGCUACCGCCGGCAGAACGCCUACAUCGCCACGCAGGGCUCCUUGCCCGAGACCUUCUGUGACUUCUGGAGACUGAUCUGGGAGCAGCACACCGCCAACAUCGUCAUGAUGACCAAGCUGGAGGAGAAGUCACGGAUGCCCUCUUAUUUCUUCUCCAAGGUGAAGUGUGACCAAUACUGGCCAACCAGAGGGACAGAGACCUAUGGCCUGAUCCAGGUUACUCUGCUGGACACUGUAGAGCUGGCUACAUACUCUGUCAGGACCUUCGCUCUCUACAAGAGCGGUUCCAGUGAGAAGCGUGAGGUUCGUCACUUCCAGUUCACGGCCUGGCCAGACCACGGGGUGCCCGAACACCCCACCCCCUUCCUGGCCUUUCUACGCCGGGUCAAGGCCUGCAACCCUCCAGAGGCCGGGCCCAUGGUCGUACACUGCAGCGCUGGAGUUGGCCGGACUGGCUGUUUCAUUGUGAUUGAUGCCAUGGUGGAACGAAUCAAACACGAGAAGACGGUCGACAUCUAUGGUCACGUGACCCUUAUGAGGUCCCAGAGAAACUACAUGGUACAGACGGAAGACCAGUAUGCCUUCAUUCACGAUGCGCUGCUGGAGGCCGUCGCCUGUGGCAACACAGAGGUUCCAGCGAGGAAGCUUUACGCCUACAUCCAGAGACUGACACAGAUAGAACCCGCGGAGAACGUCACUGGCAUGGAACUGGAGUUCAAGAGGCUGGCCAGUGCCAAGGCCCACACAUCCCGGUUCGUCAGUGCCAACCUGCCGUGCAACAAGUUCAAGAACCGCCUGGUCAACAUCAUGCCGUACGAGACCACCAGGGUGUGCUUGCAGCCAAUCAGAGGGGUGGAGGGGUCGGACUACAUCAACGCCAGCUUCAUAGAUGGAUACAGGCAGCAGAGGGCUUAUAUAGCCACCCAGGGCCCGCUCGCCGAGACCACGGAGGACUACUGGAGGAUGUUGUGGGAACACAACUCUACCAUAGUGGUCAUGUUGACUAAACUGAGGGAAAUGGGACGCGAGAAGUGUCAUCAGUACUGGCCCGCGGAGCGCUCGGCCAGGUACCAGUACUUUGUGGUGGACCCCAUGGCUGAGUACAACAUGCCCCAAUACAUCCUCAGAGAGUUCAAGGUCACCGACGCCCGGGACGGCCAGUCUCGGACAGUUCGUCAGUUCCAGUUCACUGAUUGGCCAGAACAGGGAGUGCCAAAGUCAGGGGAGGGGUUCAUUGAUUUCAUUGGCCAGGUGCACAAAACUAAAGAGCAGUUUGGCCAGGAUGGACCAAUCACGGUGCACUGUAGUGCUGGUGUGGGGAGGACGGGUGUGUUCAUCACUCUGAGCAUCGUUCUGGAGAGGAUGAGGUAUGAAGGAGUGGUAGACAUCUUCCAGACUGUCAAGAUGCUGCGAACACAGAGACCUGCCACAGUACAAACUGAAGACCAGUACCAGUUCUGUUACCGGGCCGGCCUGGAGUACCUGGGAAGCUUCGACCACUAUGCAACAUAAUCCCUCCCCCGGGCGCCUCCCAAAUCACACCCUCACUCCCUGUGUAGUCCACUUCCUUGACUGGAAUGUACAUUCUGCAGUGCGCCUCAUUGAACCAGAGUGUACACUCCAAAGUAGUGCACUAGAAAGGGAAUAGCGUGCCAUUUGAGAUUGGGCCCACACCACCACCAGAGGGGCAGGGCACUCAUGUCUCAACCCGUCCCCCCAAAAACAAGCACCUCGGGGUGGAAGACCCCACCCCCUCCACCAGCCCAAACCCAAACCUCCUCACCGCUCGGUCAGAUGUGCACUGCCUAUUUUUUUUUUGUAGUGCAAAAUAUAGGCGUGGGUUGCCAUUUUGGAUGCGUUCAGACACCACGGGACAAUAGAUGUGGGCCCGGGACAGGUCUUUAAGUGUUAGAAGAAGUGGGUGAGCUCACCUCAUCCAGGACCAGCCUGUAGCAGCCAGAAUCCACCUGCUGGUCCACUGGACCAACCAGCCAUGUCGACCACCAAGGACUCUUAUUGUUCUACCGUCAAAGUCCUCUUUCUGGCUUUUGUCAUGACUCAUUCACGGACCUGACCUACGGACUGAGCGAAAGCUGUCAGGUUGAGAGAACGUUGUUGACUGGUUGAACGUUGCUGGGUGAGGGAGAGACUUCUGAGGGGCGGAUGUUUACCCAUUUUAAAGGUUGACAGGGAAUCUCAGACUGCACAGUGUUAGACGUGGUUUACCCGGGGAGACGUUGUCUUUGACGCCGUACUGUUGUUUUCUGGUGAACCAAGAUGGGAAAAAGGAGGGUGAAGAGAUGAAAGAGGACAAACAUAAUAUUUCUACAAUAAUUGGAAGUAAUAAGCACCAGUUCAACUGUAUGGGCCCAGUUCAAUUAAAGCCGCACUCUGGUAUUUACGCAGUAGCUCAUUAUUUACCCAUAGUGACGUUCAAUAGCAGAAUGUUUGUUAUGGUAAUUAAACCCUUAGAACUAUUACUAAUGGAUACCCUACCCUACCACGUCCAAAAAAAACAAUAAUAAUUACAUACUGCCAGAUAAAUGUUUGUGCCCGUGUGUAGUCAGUAUGUUUUAUGUGAAGACUGCGUAAAUAUUUCUAAAUGCGAGUUUGAUUGAAUACCUGCAUGUAUUGACGGGAAGGAGAAACAGUAAAUCACCACAAACUAGAAACAACAUUUCUUUCAUUUUUUUGGUAAUAUAUAGAUCUGUGACUAUCUUUUUUUUUUAGAGACUUUCUAUCGCCCAAUGAUUACGACAAGAUUGCAAAGCGUUUCUUUUGUAUGGUGUGCGUAUAUACAUAUAUACACACACAUACAUACACACAUGCAUACAUUUUUAAAGCUGUGGUACUGUUUUAAUGUGUACAAUCAAAGCAAAGUGACAUGGUUCACGUCACAGCAUUGUUGAUGUGUUACUCCCAUGUCCUUCUCUGGUUCAUGCCCUUGCACGUUUUCUCUCUGUCCACCUCUAGCCCUCAACCCUCCCCCGUUCUGUCUCUCUCUUGCUGGGUUGCUUCACACCAUCUCGUAGUUCGUCAGUGAGGCUGCCAGUGUUUAUGUGGCCUGACCAGGAAACACUCUAGUCUGGCUGGUCCUUAACCCCUAGCACUAACCCUCAGUGCUAAAGCCAGUACAUGGCAUUUUGAAAUAAACCCGGACCAUCUAAGUAAGAAUCUGCUGCUAUCAGUAAAAAUCUCUUCCACCCUUUCAAUGAAAAUAACAAUGUAUCCUACAAGGACGUUUAUUUUACAUGCUAACGAGAGAGCCUCAGUUAUGUGACACAGAUGUAUGCACAGUCGCUAGAUAGAAGAAGCAAAUAUUUAUAUGUAUCAAUAAGCUUCACUAAGAGAUCUCUGAACAGGGUGAGGAAAGUUGGGAUGGAUUGAGGAAAGUAGAGAGGAAAGGUAAAUGUGUUUUUCUCACUGGAAUGCUCACAGAUAUAUACCAUAAUUAUUCUCUCUCUGAUUCAGUUCUUGUGCAAUAAGUAAAUGUAUCAUUAUAUUUUUGUCAAGUCUCUCACUAAAUUUACACGUUGUAUUAUAAUGAGGAGACAUCUUUCCUAGGCACAAAGGUUUUGUUGUCAGUGACCUUGCACCUGCCCAAUGAAAUGUUUCUGAUUCAACAACCUACGACCCAGGAUGUAUAUCAAUGUUUUGUCUUGUUAUGGCGCCAGUAGAUGAUGUCAUCAUUGUGUUUAUCACGGCAACGAAUGAGCAACUACUCAGAAUUCAAACAGCAUCAAAUAAGUCUUGUUCAUUUUAGAUUUUAUAGUGCCUUAUAUUACACGCCUAUUUUGAUAAAGUUAUGUUAUUGUGUUUUUGUGUUAUGUAUUUUAUGUAUCUACAGUAUGUAUGUUUGUGUGUAUUUAAUGUAUACAAUUUUGUUUGUUGUAUGAUUUUAUGUUUUGUGUGGUAUCGGUUAGGUUAUGAAAGGGUCAUUAUGGUAUUUGGGGUUUUCUUGUUUGUUUUUUACCACAGUCCUUGUUCACUUUCAUCUAGGCAACAAAUACUCUAUUAAGACUUGAUGUUUGUCUACUUAACAAGGACUUAAGGAAAAAAGAAGUGAACUUAUUUUAAGUCGGAAUCAAACCCCAAAGCUUAGGCUUUGUUCCAAUCAUUGUCAGCAGCUAUGACUGUGAGAAACCCCGAUGUGAGGUUUAAUAGAACUGUUAUCUGUACUAAUAUGUUGAUGAGAGCAGUAGUUUCUCAUAGGCAUCCUAGUGCACUAUUUAGUAAAAAUGAGCUGCCAUUUGGGACGUGCUUGGUGUCCUGACACUCCAUCACCAGCCUAGCCUGGCGGAGUCAGUGACAUUUAUUUCUUAUUCAAAAAUGUCUUUCAAAAAUGUUUUGUUUACUUUUUUCAUCAGUGAGACUCAAACGAAAGUUGCCAAUUCGGUUUUGCCACAGAGAAAGAGAAAAACUGUCACACUAGCUUGGCUACACUCCUACACCAGGACACAUGACAUUAGGUUUGGUGUGAAUCUGGCGCGUAGCCUCCUCACCGGUAACGGGCUUCGAUGCCAGUAUGUUUGUUUCCCCCGCCCCCACCCCCGCCCCCGCCGGCAGAAAGCUCACGGCCUCCUCCGCGCGUGCCCUCCGCCGAGGAUCAGGAAAAGCAUCGUUCGGAAAAACUCUCAUUCCUCACGACUUGUGUUGCCCGCCAUCGUGCUGUACCACAUGUCGCAUUGGCGCGGCGUCCCCAACGCCCCCCCCCCUGUCCACUGAGUAGUGCGCUGUGAAGACAAUAGGGGGCAGUUUGGGAGGUGUACCGGUGUUCGUAUAUGCACGGUGUAGUAUCCCACCACCACCUUUGAGACAGGGCAAACCCCUUAAAAGAAAGAUUUUGCACUUUCUCUCUUUGUACUAUGCACUACUGCUAUAUUAUUACCACUUCCCUGUUGAUUGUGUUCAGACCUGGGGUCAAAUGCCCUUUGAAAUCUUUUGGGGGGGGGGGGGGGG